AUGAGCACACACCAACAUUUGUGGACAUACCUGGCAGUUGCAACAGCUCUCAUAAUGAUCUCUUUUCUUUUAAUGUGUUUGAUUGGAGCGACGCUGGGAGCAUCAGUGCAACCAUCCACAGAACCGAUUCCAAUAAUUCGUUUUGAAAUAGAAGGACCUAAUGUAGACGGAACUUAUAAGUGGCUGUACGAAACUGGUAAUGAAAUUAAUGCAGAAGAGUCAGGGUAUGUAAAAAAUUUUGGUAAAGGCGAGGGAGAAGAAGUACAGGUGGCGGAAGGAAAAUUCAGUUACAAGUCACCAGAUGGCACCCCAAUAUCUCUUUCGUACAUUGCUGAUGAAAAUGGAUUUCAGCCACAGGGCGACCAUCUUCCAACCCCGCCACCAAUACCACCAGCAAUACAAAGGGCUCUUGAGUACUUGAAAUCCUUACCUCCAGCUGCUGCUUCGAGCAACUCCCAAGCGCAGUACCAGGCAACUAACAAAAACAAGAGGUUUUAG